AUGUCUGGCCCCUCUGAAAAUAGCUCUCAGCCUCAUUUGCAUUCAGCACGGUCAUACACCAGGAUGGACGGCUCGGACGUUAAAUCUCCCACGAUUGAGCAAGACUCCGAAACAGCACCUCUGUCCUCACCUGUCAAUAACGAGGGGCAGGAAAAUGGACCUGACGUAUUUGAAAGACGGGGCUCCGCAGAUUCUGGCACCGCAGGCGAUACCCAAACAGAUGAUGGCUUUGUGCUUUCGCGAAGCGUACAAGACCCUUCGGAGGAGCUACCGAUCGAACUAAUCAGCUUGGCAGAUCGUUUCGUGAAUUCACUGAGCGCCAGAGUACACAACUCGCCUCCCACGAUCGAGAAGAUUUCCGAGCUCUUCCAAGUCUUCUACAGCCGCGCCGAGUCCCACAUUGCCACACAUAUAUCUGCUCUCAUAACUCGUAUCAACCGGGAUCUUUCGCCUCAGGUUCCUGCAAAAGCUCCACGGGGAAGCGCACUGUCGAAACUGAGCAGCAAACGCUCUCAAGAUGAUGUCAGGCAAGGGGCUCAAGGUCGCCAAAUGUUGACCGCGUCCGAAGUAGCUGAAAGGCGAAAGGCCCGUAGAGCCCUCGAAAACAAACGGAAUGCAUUAGAAGAGGCUGCCGAACGGAGGGUCUGCGAGCUGGUUUAUGAUAAACUCUGGAGGCACAAAAGUACUUUGGAUGAUGUACGAGACGAAAAGUUGCGUUCCAAGACUGCGGCUUUGCUGCUGGUCGGCAUUAACCUGAAGGACCUUGGGAUCGAUAUAGACCUCGAAGCGAUCGAUGAGCAGAAACAGGACGAGGCGAACGAAUUCCUUUGUCAAGCCCGAGAGUAUCUCGCGAAGAUGAACGAUUACAAAUACCCCCUUGGAAAGCUUCAGCAACUCGCAGCGGCACACAAGGCUAUCGUCGAUGCCCUUACUAAACUUUUGCCGUCUUCCUCUUCUGCAGACGAAAUUCUGCCCACGCUGAUCUAUUCGCUUGUGACGUGCCCCCCUGAAGGGAUCAACAUUGUCAGCAACUUGGUUUUUAUCCAGCGUUUCAGGUCUUCAAACAGAAUUGAUGGAGAAACAGCUUACUGCUUGACCAAUUUAGAGGCCGCAAUAAGCUUUUUGGAAAAUGUCGAUCUAUCCACACUGCGUGCCGACGAGUUGCAAGAUGGCCCUCUCAAAACCCCUAGUGAGACAACGACACCAUCCACAGACCAUGUCGAUCCUUUUCGCCCCCCCAAGGAGGCUACAACACUGGCUGUGACGACUGUAUCUGCAUCGCCGGAAUUGUCAAAACCAGAAAUCAAAGAACCCGCCUCUACAUUACCCAGGCCUCGACCCUCUGUCACACCACAGCAACGACGCCUUAGCAACCUUUUCCAACCGCCUUCUAAAGUUCUCGGGGCUGCAAACGAUGCUGUGCGCACCACUGCCGACCAGAGCCUGAAGAACAUUGGUGCUACAUUGGACAGCAGUUUCAACUUUCUGUUUGGUCGUCUGAAGGAAAUGCAAAACAUCCAAGGACCCGGCCCGGAGGGUAGCGGACCAAUACUACCAAAGACAUUGGCCGAAGCUCGCCGCUUAGUGUCUUUGCCGCCUGCCUCUGCUGCCAACCAAAACCUGACCCAAGGGGAGCUCGCAGCAAUCAACUCUGUUUCAGUGGAUGAAAGCACACCCCCACGCAGUAGUUCAAGACUCACAGAUCUCUCUAGCGGCGGCCGUACUCCCCGAGACAGGAGUGUGGACAGCACCCGAACCCAAGAGAGCGGUAAAAAGUCCAUCACGACAUCACUGCGUGAAGAUUUUGCAUCGAACUCAGCCAUCAGCCCCACUCCGUUAGAAUCAAUGCGAAACUUUGGCAACACGCUCAAUCCUUUGAACCACAUCCCGGGCAUGAUGAAAAACUUUGGCCGCAACACACCAGAAACCCCCAGCGGUAGGUCCGUAUCUCCAUCGGGACUGAAUAGGUCAAAGCCAUCGCCUACCUCAGCAGACGGCGCUAGUGGUCCUAUCAGCCCGCUCCCUACCUCGUUGAAAAUCGAUCCUCCAAUCCAGCGGUUCCUUGAGACACAGGAUGCGCGCGAUCUCCGGAUUGGUGACGUAACUGUUUUACUGGAGGACUAUAAGAGACUGGCUGCUGCGCUUUGUAAACCCACUGCCGAUUCUCGAUAA